GACACCCCUUUGUUAUGCUACUUGAUUAUUAAAAUCAAAUUUUGAUUAUUAUUUUAGUUAUAUUUUGAUCUUUGCUUUGAUAAGCCGUGUGAGUGAAAUCCCUUGGGGUUUUAGUAUUUAAGUUGUGUUUAUUUUUAAUAAAAAAUCACCAAUGAAAAUGUCGUUUUCUAGUAGUGACCACGGGCCUUGGGAGGGAAAUAAUGGAGCGGAAUUUCCGGGAUAUCCCAGCGAAUUGAACGGUUAUGGGACACUGUGGGACCCUCAUCAUUGUUUGGCGGGACAGAAUCCAGCUUUAAUGUGGCCUAGGCAACAAUGUGGAGGACUGGUAUCCAGUAGAUUAAGCAGAAGUGGUUCACAAAAUAGCGGUCAUUCCAACAAAAAAACGCGAAGAAGGGUUGCGACCAUUGCUCAAAGAAGGGCCGCCAAUAUAAGGGAAAGAAGAAGGAUGUUUAAUUUAAAUGAAGCUUUCGAUAAAUUGAGAAGAAAAGUACCAACCUUCGCAUACGAAAAACGUCUAUCUCGCAUCGAAACCCUUCGGUUGGCAAUAACCUACAUAAGUUUUAUGUCAGAAUUGCUACACGGCCAUCCAGAUCAUAAGAAUUCAGAUGUGUACCCUCAACGAGAGUAUAUUCCUUACGGUUUAAUAAGCUAGAUAUUGGGUGGGUCUUUUUCUAUGCUUUUAAGGUUAGGUUUUAGGCAACCCCUAUGCUUGUAGUGUUAUUUUUCAGAUAUAACUUGAAAACUGUUUGAGAUAAAUUAGCGAUUACAUGUAUAUUAGAUAUGCCAAAGAUUACAAAUAUGGUAGCUUUAAGAUUUUAAAAAUACAGUGAGCGUCACAAAACACCCUGUAUAUUUUUACAUAUUAUGAUAGUUCUUUUCAAGGCGAUUGAUUACAUUGAUAUGUAACACUAUAUAUGUAGGUAUUUUUAAAAAUACACAGUUUGGGGUGUAUACUGCUUAGUUUUUUGUAAAUAACUCUUUUGGUUGUUAAAAUAAAUAGGUAUAAACAAUCUUAUUUUUAUCUAAUUUUCU